AUGCCGCGCAAGACCUCUGCUGAGAUCAUCAUCGAUGCGAUCGUCGAGAAUGGCGACGCCCCCAUGGACCGUGCUGCCCUCCAGGACUUCUUCAUGGACCGAACCAACUCUUUUGUCGACUUUCGCAAGCUUUGGGAGUUCUACGAGGCCUUCAUUGGAGGUUACCAUAUCACCGCUAGAUCACUCAACACCAUGCGCUCCAAGGGGGGCAAGGCGUUCGCUGCAAAGAUAAAGGCUCGUCUCGACUCUGAGCCUGGUGUUGUCCCUGACCACCUCAUCGAGUUCUUCAGUAAACACCAGUACAUUUGGGACUCUUCCCUAGGAGAUGGAGACACCCAAGCUGAGCCUGGCCGUCUUCCCAAGGAGCUUCUUGACCAGCUCAAGAGGAUCUGCCCUGACCGCGAAAGCUUCCAGGGCCUCUUGAUGAAGCAGAUGACGGCUCAGUCCGUGCCGUCUGGUAUGGACACCGAAGUGGCAGCCAAGCUCAUGAGAGCUCGUGCCAAGGAAGUUGCAGAGGAAGCCUUUGGAAAGGACGAGUCGGUCACUGAUGGGCUCAUCGCCGCAGUCAAGAAGGGAUUCUGUCCUGGUUUUGAGGUGACCAAGGCUUUCCGCGGCUACGGCUUCGAGGUCAUUUUUCACCUCAUCACUACCUGUGGUGUCGGCCGAGACACGCUCAACGAGUGGAUGAUCUCGGGCAAGCAGACGCUUGGUCAAAACAUCAAGGCCGAGCUGGAGAAGAAGCAAGACACCAUUCCGGCCGAUCUCAUCUCCUGGUUGGAUGCGAACCAGUAUAUCUGGGCCCGCGGCAGCAUUGCCUACUCCGGCCAAACCAAUGCGUUUAUUCGCCACCCUGGCGUCAAGGUUGAUUUUCAGCGCUUUGUCAAGCCGGUCAAGCCCGAGGAACAUGCCAAGAUCAACCAAGAGAUGCAGGAGCUGGUAGACUCUUUCCACAACCUGAAGCCUGGUGAACCGGAAUUCGACCUGCAGGAGGAAAUUGAACGCAGGGCUAAGAAGUAUGGAUGCUACCAGGUGGCUAUGACUUAUCCCAAGAAGGGCGAGAUCAGUGAUGAGAAGGACAAAAUCGACACUGAGGGCAAAUAG